UGCUUGUUAGGAGGUUAUGUUCCAGUUCGAGGUUUAUUUAUCUCUAUAUGAUAAGUCUGCUCUAGCUGUAAGAUAUAGAAUAGGGAGUAUGAUGUCUGCAUCCGAUGUUAACUAAAGAAUAAGAUUAACAGAUUGUAUGUUUUUUGAGAAUCUCAGCAAGACCAGACAUUUACACUACAUCAAUUCAUAAAACUAUUCUUAUUCUAAUCUAGGGAGUAAGGAUGUCAGCAUUACGAGGAAAGGUUCUGUUACAACAGUGCCGAGUGAGGUACAGCACAAAGCCAACAUUGAAUGAAGUGUUUAUAUUGAGUGGAGCCAGAACUCCCAUGGGCUCCUUUGGUGGCUCUCUCGCAGCACUCGGAGCCACGAAACUAGGAGCCCUCGCCAUCCAGGCAGCCGUAGAGCGUGCCGCAGUACCCAAGGAAGAGAUCAAGGAGGUUUACAUGGGGAAUGUAUGCCAAGCUGGACUCGGCCAAUCCCCUGCCAGGCAGGCCUCCCUUUUUGCCGGUUUGUCUAAAAGCACAGAUUGUUCGACGAUCAACAAGGUGUGUGCCUCUGGGAUGAAAGCUAUCCAGCUGGCAGCUCAGAACCUGAUGUGUGGCCACCAGGACGUGAUGGUGGCAGGAGGCAUGGAGUCCAUGUCAAAUGUUCCGUUUUACAUGCGUAGAGGAGAGACCAGUUACGGAGGUGUUAGUCUGCAGGACGGUAUUGUGCACGACGGUCUGACCGAUGUCUACAACCGCAUUCAUAUGGGCAACUGUGCGGAGAACACGGCCAAGAAGCUGAACAUCUCACGACAACAGCAGGACGACUAUGCCAUCAACAGCUACAAGCGGAGUGCACUCGCCUACACUAACGGAGACAUAGCGCUGGAGCUAACACCAGUUUCUGUGCCACAGAAGAAAGGAAAACCCGAUGUGAUCAUAAAAGAAGAUGAAGAGUUCAAGAGAGUCAACUUUGAAAAGUUCACCAAUCUCGCUACAGUGUUCCAGAAGGAAGGCGGUACAGUGACAGCUGGCAACGCGUCUACCCUCAAUGACGGAGCAGCAGCCUGCGUGUUGGCGACGGCGGACGCAGUCCAACGACUUGGGCUCAAGCCUCUGGCCAGAAUAGUGGGUUUCCAGGAUGCAGCCACAGAGCCCAUAGACUUCCCAUUAGCACCAGCAUUUGCUGUGCCCCAGUUACUGGAGAAAGCAGGUGUUCGGAAGGAAGACAUAGCACUGUGGGAGAUAAAUGAAGCAUUCAGUGUUGUGGUGUUGGCCAACAUGAAGAUGCUCGACAUUGAUCCGGCUCGUGUCAAUAUUCAUGGAGGAGCUGUCAGUCUGGGCCAUCCUAUCGGAAUGUCUGGGUCACGUAUCGUGGUCCACCUGCUACACGCUCUCAGGCCUGGAGAGAAGGGUGUGGCCGCCAUCUGUAAUGGAGGUGGCGCUGCGUCCUCAAUCCUCAUUGAGAAAAUGUAAGUGCGGACGUGUCUGCCACUCUGUCCAGUACAGUUUUGAAGUACUUUGGACGAGGUUCCAACUAUAAUGGGAUAGUACUUUUUGUAACUUUAAUUUCAGCAUAUUCACUCUACAAUUGCCUUGAAUUAUUUACUAUUAUAUUGUCUGCCUUUAAUGAAUUUACAUAAUUCAAUCCCGAAUAGCCAAUUUAUAAUUUAAGAUAUAUCUACACAAACAUUUUAACAUAAUCGUAGCAAUUUGGCUUCUUAUUUUGUUGUAAUUGCAUUCUGUAUCAAUCCUGUAUUUUAAAUAAAUUAAUAAUUUAACCUGCUCGUGUAAUACAGUCGUCAGAUGAAGGGUAAAGAAUUAAAGAAACUGUGUCACACAAAUGUCUCAAACUUCAGAGCUGUACAGACGCAAACUAUACAGGAUCAAAGUCUUCCAUACUUAUAAAUAAAUUAUAUAUUCGUUAUUUUCAAUAAACUUUCAUUUACAAUUAUUUUAAAGUAUAGUGUUUAAUUGUAAGGUUUAUGUUAAGUAUUACCAAUUGUUGUUAGGGGUUUUCAAGACUUUUUUAGUUUAGUUAAGCUUUUUUCUAAAGUCUGGAUCUGAAUUUUUGUUAAUGUAUUAAAAAAUGUUUACAAUUUCAUUAUUCAAUAAGUCCACUGUAAACUUUAUAAAUCUGUUAUGAAAUUUAUUUCAUUUUCCAGUGCCAUUGUAAGUUAUUCUACAAUAAUAAGGGUAAUUCAGAAAAUUAAAAAAUUGCUUCACAUAACCGAAUAAAAAUUAAAGAUACCAACAUGAAGUUAAUGUGACAAUACCUUAACAGUAGUACCUGUCAUAAGCCAUUGCCUCCCACUUUGUACUUUAUAAUGCACACUGGUUGUUCCUGGAUUGACAAUUUUCGCACGUAAAGACUCACAACCUGGAUAUAAUAUCUGCUGGGUGCCCACAAUAAAUGUACUUCCGGAAUAUGACACAGGUACAGUUUUCUAAUGACUCCUCCUUACACAAUCAUGUAAGUGAAAAAAGUUGUGGAAGAUGUGAUGGGCUAAACGUUAAUUUGGGUAGAAAGUGAUCGCCCUUAGCAAGUGAAAGUUAUCUUCUUUUGAGCUUUCUUGGAGAUUUGUCUUAUUUCAACGAUGGUCCAUGCUAGUGCAAAAAGUCACUGAGACCACAAAUUGUUACAUCACAAUUUUUCAUUAUUCUGGAGAAUCCAAAUGUCUAGUUUCUCUAGAUUGGAUUUUCAUUUGACAGUUGGAUUUUCUAAUUGGAUUUUUGUGAUGUUUGGGCAUGCAGUCAUAUCCCCUGAUUGCUCUGAUCAUUGUAGUUUGUAAUUUGUGCAAGAACUAUAUUGUUAUUAUUUUGGAAGUAAUUCUUUUCCUAUUGCUACAAUGUACACAAUGAGUGAGGUCGAAUUCGUUCAAGCAAGUUUAAUUUUUUCACAUGAAGUUUAGUUGUAAUUUUGUUUGAAGAGUAGUUAUUAUCUACAAUGAAACAUGAAUUUCAAUUUUAUUUACACUAUAAUAAAUUAUUUAUACAAGUUUUUGUUUAUUUGAUUGCAAAGUAAGUAAACAUUUGUGACAGAAGCAAAGUAAUUGAAAACAUUUGUAAAAUUGUAACUUGUGUAAUAAUGUUGGCAAACAACAAAAUGUAACAUAUUUGUUUUUACCUCUAAAAUAAAUUUUGUUGACAAAAAAUAAAUAGUAUUUAUGAUAUAUGAUACUUAUAUAGAUGUUUCCUGUAUUAACUGUGAAAAUUCUGGAAAGUUAUAACAACUAUUUAUGUACAUUACUUUAGUUAAGAAUUUUGAUUUAAAAAAUGUAAUUAGGCUUUUUAAUUUAACCCUUUAGUGCCAACAUCGCAACAUUUGAAAAACUACUGAAGAAUGCUAAAUCCGUAUAUAUGGACGUUCACAGUAAAAAAUUCUACUACAAUUAUUUUUGAACAUAUUAUAAAUUUGUUGGUAUAUAAACAAUCAGAAUGAACCACAUUGCAAGUAAAAAAAAAAAAAUAUAUAUAUAUAUAUAGCAAUU